AUGUUUGCGUCCGGUAGUAAAACGAAAGAUGCCAUUGUCCCUUCAUCGACGACGCAUAGACCAUUAGCAUCAUCGACCAUAUUAACAAAAACAACCGCAACUACAUUGACACAGCGCCGCAUUAGCUCAACGGGUGGCGAAACGANACCACGCGGCGAUGGCCGUAAAGUGAUGUCCGGUAUACCGAGCAAUACAGCGGCGUGUGCCACCGCACGUCAGUUGCAACGGCAAGAGGCAGGAACAGCAGCAACGGCUGCAAAACAAAAUGAAGUCCACACUAAGAAGGAAGAGAAUUUGGAACAGCUUAAUCAUGCUGAAAUCGGCAUUCAGACUAAUGAGCCGGAAAUACUUAAUCACGAUUUGAUCAUUGGUGACAUUAAAUUGCUGCCACCGAAGGCAAGCAUUAUCGCAGAAAUCGAACGGCAGCAAAAUGAGACGCGAAAGAAGUUGCUACUGAAGGCGCAGCGUAAGUUUGAGGGU